CUUCAACUUCUUGUUUCACAACUCAUACAAUCUUUUUCUCAUUUUGACAGACCAAGAAAAAAACAGAGUUGUAUUCUACAUUUAGGACAUGCAAAAUUGCACAUCAAUGAAGUGUUUCUUGUCUAAUAGUACCCCUAAUGAAACAGUUGAAUGGGUGUUUGUUUUGUCACUUUUGUGAUUAUUUUUGGUGUGUACUGACUUCUUGCAUGUAAGAUUCAUCAAUGAAUUCUUGCAUGUGGUUGUUGCAUAGUAAACCUCCACUCUCACUUGCCAAUUUGCUGAUGUAGUGUCAAAGUAGUUUUAAAUUUGCGAUUGUACCUCCUUAAAUCCAGCCUAUUGAAGCAACUUUAAGUUAUUUCUGAUCAUCUUUUGCUCUGGUGUCAAACUGAUGGAAGCAUUCAUGUUUAAUUAUGGAUAAUUAGUUUAUAUUAUUAUAAAUCCUAUCUUGCUUUUAAAGUAUAUUAUAGGAUAGGAAAGCAAGAUGUUCUCACACUAUUUCAAUAUUUUGUUUAAAGCUCAUAAAAUUUGGCAUUACAUUGAUAGGGAAUAAAUGGAAAGGAAGAUGUUCUCACCAGUUUUGUGCUUGCAUUACCGCUAUGAUUAAUCAGUACCUUUGAAGUUACUGACUUAGUUUCUUUUUUCCUUAGAUGAUGUCACUUUAAUGAUUAUUUCAUACUAAAUGAGAAUUUUUUUCUACUAAGCAAAGAGUUUCCAGCUUCCUUCACCGCUCAAUUGAGAGGGGUCGAAUCACCUUAAGAUGCUUCUGAAGAUCAGUGGCUGAGGGAUAAAUUCACAGAAUUCUUACUCUUUCCAUCAAACAUGAAGAACAACUUCAUUGGAUUGGUGCCAACAGAUGAUCAGUUUUUCCUCCUCUACUUCAUCAUCGGAACCUACUUUGGACCAGAUCUCCGGCGAGAAUACCCCAAAAAAUCUGUUUUGCAAAGAAAAGGUCUAGGGCUGCCUCCGUACACUUCCAAUCAACUAGCUGGUUCAUGCCUAAGAACCGUAGAAGUAGAAAGGGUUUACUAUCAUGCAUUGAGAAAGGCAGAUCCCUCUGUCGUCCUGGCUCAACCAUGGCUGCACCAGUUCUUUCAUGGAAGGCUUCCAACUCUUUACCGCGGAGAAGCUGCAGCUUAUCCUCGGUUUUGUGAUCUAUUUCCUCCCAACCUACAUCCUCAUUUAUGCUGUGAUGUGUAUAAUGUUGUUGCAAACAUUGUAUUCAUCAAUGACCCUGAUACCAGUUCUAUUGAACCAGACAGCAUUAAGAGGUUCAAGGAGCUCACUGGUCUAGAACAUCUUAUCAUGGACAAAGAUUGCACAAAGUCACAAACCGAUGUUCAUAAUGAAGCUCUAAAUAAUGCUGGGAAAAAGGAGAUGUCCAAGCCUGAUGAUGUCCUCCAAUAUGCAUCAUUAGCUGCUAGUACCCUACCAUUUGGUGAUGUACCACUAGACACUGAACAAUUUGACAAUACGUCGUUUACUAGUCUUUUGAAGGAUGCUUGUGAUGAACCAUUUAAUGGUAUGCCACCUGAUACCAACGGACAGUUUGACACUAGACCUUUUAGUAGUCUCUUGAAGGAUGCUUGUGGAGGGUCAUUUAGUAAUAUGCCACCUGAUCGCAAUGGACAAUUUGACACUACACUUUUUAGUGGUCUCUUGAAGAAUGAUGGUGUCGGCCUGUUUACCAAUGCAUCACCAGAUAGCUCUACAAAAUUUGGUAGUACUCCUUUUGGUAGUCUAUUUAAGGAUGCCAGUCCUCUGGCAGAAGGUUCUAUUGGUCCAUCAUCAAAGCACACCAACUCUGAGGAAUUAGAGCUUAGUAUUGUCUUCCUUCCUUCUUGCCCUUCUAAGGAGGAGAUAAGUAAAAUUGUUGCUGCUACUAAAAGUGGAUUUGCAGUGAGUGGGAGUGCAGCAAAGGGUAAGAUAGGACCCGUUCUCGGGCUCUUGGAUGUAGGAGAAAGCAAGGACUCUUACUUGUUCCGUGUAUCACUUCCUGGAGUACAGAGAGAUGAAAGAGAAUUUACUUGUGAAGUGGAGAGUGAUGGUAAAGUAUUGAUUAGGGGAAUGACAACAACUGGUGACAGGACGGUCAGCAAAUACUCUCAAGUAUUCGAGAUGCAAACUCAGAACCUAUGUCCAACAGGACAUUUCACCAUCUCUUUCAAGUUGCCAGGACCAGUUGACCCUCAAGAAUUUUCUGGUAAUUUUGGCACUGAUGGAAUUCUUGAGGGAAUUGUAUUGAAAGCAGAAGGACAAUCUAAAUGGAAUAGGGUACAUUAAUGUCUUGUUCAUUAGAUUAGACGGCUAGUACAUGUACAAAUUCUGACGCUUGUUUAUGUCCAUAGUUGUAACUACAUGGUGUGAGUGUGACCACA